AUGAAUUCUAAAGAAAUUAGACAAACUCCUUCUUCGUCACCAAAACCUGAUGCUACUCAUGACUGUGAAAUCCUCACUGAGGAUUCUUUACAAAAUAUUGUAGACUUAUCCGUUCACAAAUCAAUUUCAUCUGCAAUUUAUACUGCAAUGACUUCCAUGAAAGAAACAAUUGCAAAGUCUGUGGCUCAGGCCAGAAGCAGUUUAAAUCCUAGUGAUAAGACUCCCUUAAUUAAUACUCCUUCAGACCAGUUCUGGUCACCGGUGGAGUCAGAACGGAAUUUAGCUCAGGGAUUCAGGAGGUCUGGGAAGGCCACCCAGAAACGCAAACACUGCUUUGACGGCCCUUUAGAAUCCCUUUAG